AUGGGCUGGCGCGGCGGGCGCCGGGGCCUCCUGCCGCCCCUGCCCGGGCCGGGGCCGGGGCCGGGGCCGGUGGGGGUGUUGGCGGCGGUGGCCCUGCUGGCCGGGGCGUCGGCGGCGGCGUCGGGGAGGUCGGCGCUGUACUCGUCCUCGGACGGGCUGGUGCUGCUGGGGGCGGACACGGUGCGGCCGAGCGUGCUGGCCUCCCGCACCGCCUGGGCCGUGGAGUUCUUCGCCUCCUGGUGCGGACACUGCGUCGCCUUCGCCCCCACCUGGAAGGCGCUGGCCACAGAUGUCACAGACUGGAAGCCAGUGCUCACCGUGGCGGCCCUGGACUGCGCCGACGAGGUUAAUGUGGCAGCCUGCCGGGACUUUGAGAUCUCCGGCUUCCCGACUGUGAAGUUCUUUAAGGCUUUCUCUAGAACUCCCUCUGCGGGCGAGACGUUGUCCGUGGCUGGUGCUGGAGUCCAGGAGCUUCGGGAAAAACUCAUCACUGCCUUGGAAACCCACCAAGGGGCAUGGCCCCCAGAUUGGCCAUCCUUGGAGCCAGCCAGGCUGGAGGAGAUCAGUAGCUUCUUCACCAAAAAUAGAGACCAGUUCCUGGCCUUGAUUUUUGAGAAGAAAGGGUCCUUCGUGGGCAGAGAGGUGACGCUGGACCUGUCCCAGUAUGAGGGGAUUGCAGUGCGCAGGGUCUUGGACACCGAGACCGACGCGGUUCACAAAUUUAGGGUCACCAGCUUCCCGUCCUGCUACCUGCUGUCCAGAAACGGCUCCAUCUCCCGGGUCUCUGUGCUCAUGGAAACCAGAUCUUUCUACACAGCAUACCUGCAGAGGUUACCUGGAGUCACUCGAGGCACCUACAGACCGACUGUCUCACCAACCUCCCAAGACACAACUACCCCUAUUGUUUGGAGAUCAGCAGACAGCUCCAAGGUGUACAUGGCCGACUUGGAGUCCUCGCUGCACUACAUCCUGAGGUUGGAGGUGGGGAGGUACACGGUUCUGAUGGGAGAACGCCUGGAGGCUCUGAAAAGUUUUGUGGCAGUUCUGGCCAAGUACUUCCCUGGACGGCCUUUGGUUCAGAACUUCCUGCGUGAACUGAAUGACUGGCUGAAGGAUCAAGGGAGGCAGAGAAUUCUGUACAGCACCUUUGAGGCAGUCCUGAACAGGAAGAAGGAGGGAAAUGUUCUGACUAAAAAGGUGACCUGGGUCGGCUGUCAGGGAAGCAAGCCCCAGUUCCGCGGCUUUCCCUGUUCCCUCUGGAUCCUCUUCCACUUCCUGACGGUGCAGGCAGCUCAGCACGCCAAGUACUCCCUGCCAGACACACCCCCCCAGGAGGUCCUCAGUGCCAUCCGGGGCUACGUGCGCUUCUUCUUCGGCUGCCGCGACUGCGCCGCCCACUUUGAGGAGAUGGCUGCUGCCUCCAUGGCCCGGGUGAAGAGUCAGGACGAGGCCAUCCUCUGGCUUUGGUCCCGGCACAACCAGGUCAACUCUCGCCUGGCAGGUGCGCCCAGCGAGGACCCCAGGUUCCCCAAGAUACAGUGGCCACCACGCAGCCUCUGUGCCCCAUGCCAUAAUGAGUUGCGGGGGGAUCCCGUAUGGGACCUGGGUGCCAUUCUCAACUUCUUCAAGGCCCACUUCUCUCCGGGCAACAUCGCCAAUGACUACGCUCAGCCUCUGAGGAUACUGCCAGCCCGCGGGAGGCGACUCUCAGUAGGGGAGAGAGAAAGGAAGGAGAUGGAGGAGGAUUUGAUUACAACAAUACAAGCUUGGUCCCCAGCCCCCACCAAGAAACCAGAGGGGCCAUUCAGAACCGAGAAGGGAAGGGAGCCAGUGAUGGAGAGAUCGGUCCUGGGCACAGAGAGGCGUAGGCCCCACCGCCCCCAGAGACCCAGAAUCAUACGGAUGAGUACAAAGGCCCAGGAGGAGGAAGAGGAGGAGGAAAUCGUGGACUUGGAUGCCUUCACCAGGGACCUCUACAAGCCUCAGACCCAGCCAGAAGCAGUUGUGAUGACAUUACCCCGACAACAGUUGCCACAGGGGCGGCGACUGAGCAAGAGGGACACGGUGCCCCUGCUACUGGUCGGGGAGGGAGAGGAGGAGGAGGAGAAGAGCCUCCUUAAAUACGCAGCGGCUUUGGAGCGGCUGAAGCAGCAGGGCCAGGGAGCCAAGCAGCUGGCCAGCAUCCUUGAGGGAAAAGAGGGGGUCAAAGCCCCGCUGGGUGGCCUGUGGCUGCGGUUGCUGGGCGGGGACUUCUCUCUCCUGGACGUCAGCCUCUGCAUUGGGCUUUACUUCCUGUCCUCCAUGUGCUUGCUGGGCAUGUACGCUUACUUCCGACUCAGAAUGAGGGUCCGCAAGGGCCGGGCCGGCUACCUCCUCAGCGUGACCAGCCGAGAUUGAGGAGAGGCAAGGCAGCCCCCAGUUUCUUUGCUGGUGGAGUCCAGAGAUCUGGGGUGCAAGUUACCUGCUGCUUCAGCUUCCGGCUGGGAGGGCGGGGGCAGGUGACCUUUGGAGAUGGGGUUGGGACAUGACAGGUGUGGCGAAGAGGGGUGGGUGUGCAGGAGAGGGAGAAGGCUGGGUCAGGUCAGUAGUUGGACAGCAGGAAAGCUUGGGGUUGUCAGUAGCCCUGGCCUUCCUCAUUCAGUAACCACAGCCUGCCUGUCCUGAGACCUUUUUCUGAGAUCUUGACUUGUUGGGAUAGCAGGGGGCAGAGCAUGUGAAGAAUCCAUGAGCCGAGCCACUCCACCAUCCCCGAGACAACGGGGUUGGGGAAAAAAACAGUGCUGCUGCCUCCAUCUUCCCUGAUCCUCAUCAGCAAACUAGGAUUACUGAUGCCACUGCUGCUCAUUGGCCAAUCCUGGGAUUGGAGGCUGGGAGGGAUGAGUCUCCUGCUUACAUGGGGUGGGAGGAAUGGCGAUUCCAAAGGUCUUUCUGCGGCCCAGGUUCGGUAGUGCCCCCUUUCCUGCCUCAGGGUCUCUCGUAGCACUUUAGAGCUCUCUCUGGGCUUCUCCAUCCCUGGGCAUGAGGUGAGGACUGCGGAGUGAAUACCUGACCAGGCACAAGGGCUCAAGAAAUCAGGUUUGGGGGUAAAUGGGGACAUAUUCACUGGUUUGAUUCUGGGUAGUCUGCAGGCACAGGGGUGAUCCUGAGCGAGAGUGGCUUCCGCAGUCUGGAGAAGGGCCCUGUAGUGAGGAGGGGUCUGUGGUACAGGGCCACUCGCCUUGGCUUUCUCCUUCUCUUCACUGCUCACUGGCUCCAGGCUGUUCCCUGCAGGAGAAGCAAGAUGGGGCAAGGGAAAACGGCUUUAACCAUCUGCCAUCCACCUCUGGGUCUGGUGCCUGUGGAAGCAAGGGGCUUUGCAUUGGGAAUGGUGUGGAGGGGGAGGGAAUGGGACUGAAAUCCAGCGACCACCCUAUACCUACUCCUCUCAGUCGUCAGGGAUCACUGUUGGUGUUUGUGGAAUAAAUUUUUUUUCUUAAGACUA